AUGGAUGUAUGGCGUGCAUUGGAUAUCUGUACAGGGUCUUUAGGAGCAUUAAAGACGCUUGCUAUAAAUGAUUCUCACCACACAUCUAUGGCAAGUACUGGUCAUCCUACAUACACCAACAUUAUACUCUCGUCAUUAUCGUUCACACCAGACCUCCAGUCAUUGUCCAUAUUUGAUGUCCCCCUCCAUGCCUUGAUGAUACCACCCGCUGUUUUACAGCACUUGGAGGAAUUCCGAUUUCAGCUGUACAACCAAGCAUCCGCCAUGUUGGACCUUCUGCCCCUCAUGGACAACCUGUGCAGACUAGACAUCACGUGUGAUGCAGACGUCGAGCAGUUUGAACGUAUCAUUGAGCUACCCACAGUUGCAAGUCUUACCCUUCGAGAUGGCGAGUCCUUCAAUGCACUACCAUUGGUGUGGUCCCUCCUCCAUCUUGAUAACUUGCGUAUGUUGUCCCUGUCAUACGAAGGCAAUAUACUCGACCCUGCUUGGCCUUGCUGUUAA